AUGGAGGUCAACACGAGCCGCCUGUUGGCCACUGCCUUUCCCUAUCUGCAGAUCUUUUCCGUGUUUGCUCUCACACCGCCGCCCCAGAGUUUUGGAAAGACCUCCUAUCAUCGUCUCAAAAGAUAUUUGAUGGCUGGAUACUGUGGUUAUGCUUUGGCUAUCCUGGCACUGGUCUUUUUUGUGACUUACGUGAACAUUGUGGCAAUAAUCCAAGAGGUAGAAGACUACCAGGUGGCGGACUUCACCAAGGUCAUGGGAAAUACCCAGAAGAUUCUACUCUCGGUCAUGAGCAUCGCCAACCACCUGAACAUGCUGUUCAAUUAUCGUCGGCUCGGAGGAAUCUACAAGGACAUUGCGGAUCUGGAAGCUAAAAUCAAUGAUGCCUCCCAGUGCUUUGGUGGACAGGUGCACCGGUUCAGCUUCCGGUUCCGUCUGGCCAUUGGUGUGGGGCUGUGGCUUAUCCUCCUGGUGGGUUUAAUGCCGCGAUUCACCUUAUUGGCCAUGGGUCCCUACAUCAAUUGGCCAUGUAAGAUACUCUCCGAGUUCGUCCUGGUAAUGCAGCAGCUGAAGAACUUAGAGUACUGCGUCUUCGUGUUGCUCAUUCACGAGUUGGUGUUACGGCUGCGCCACACGCUUUUGCACCUGAAGAUGGAGCUGAUGGACUGCGAUAGCCAGGACAUGCUUCGAGCUUUGAGCGUGGCUUUGAAACGUAAUCAGCUGCUCAUUGGUCAAGUCUGGCGCUUGGGGGUUGAGCUGGCCACUUACUUCACAGUGUCCAUGAUAAUGCUGUUCCUGUACAACGGCCUGACCAUCCUACACGUGACCAACUGGGCGUAUAUCAAUACAUUUUAUGAUGACGAUUGCUGUCGCUAUGACCGAUUCGGCACUUGUUCUUUGCUGUUGAUCAACCUUUUGUUGGCCUGCUUCCUUAGCCAGCGUUGCACAAAUGCCUACAACAGCUUCCCUCGCAUCCUUCACCAAAUUCAAUGCUUGCCUGCAGUUACUGAUUUCCGCCCACUAAACAUGGGAAUUCGGGAAUACUCCUUGCAGACGCAGCAUCUGAGGCUGCUGUUCACCUGCGGCGGAUUUUUCGACAUAAAUCUAAAGUACUUUGGAGGGAUGCUGGUCACCAUUCUGGGUUAUACCAUAAUUCUCAUCCAAUUUAAAGUUCAGACAAUUGCCGAAACAAAAUAUAAAUCUAUCUACAACAGCACUACCUAA